AUGACCAUCGCACAAGAGGCUGCAUCCUGGUUUGCACCACCCGCCGUCGAACUUUCUCCCGCACCCAAACCCGGCGAAAAGGCGCCGUCCUGCCCGCAGCUACCCCUCCCAGCCGCCAACGGCAAACCAACCAUCAUCUCAUUCCUGCGACACUGUGGAUGUCCCAUCGCCGAAGCCGCAUUUCUCAACCUGCGCACCGCGGCCUCCAAACACCCCGAUAUCAACUUCAUCGCCGUAUCGCACAGCGAUCAGCCCUCGACUGAUAGAUGGGUUGAGUCUGUCGGGGACCGAGGGAAUGAUGGCGCUAACCAGGUUGAGGUGAUUGUCGAUGCGGAACGCAAGAUCUAUGCGCAGUGGGGCCUGGGUCUCUCGUCUUGGGGCCAUGUGCUGAGUCCGUCGGGGCUGGCGUCGGUGUGGAAGUUGGGCCGGGAGAGGGGGAUUUGGAAUCGGCCUACGGAGAGUGGUACGCGGUGGCAGUUGAGUGGGAAUUGGGUGGUUGAUGACGAGGGCGUUGUGCGUGGUGGGGGGCCGGCGGAGAGGGUUGAUGAGGUGAUGGAUUUCGAGGAGGCGGUUGGACUUGUAAAGCGGUCUUGAGGUUUCGACAUAUGUAUAGUUUCAAUUCCUAAAAUAUUGGUGAGGUGUGAGAGGGAAAGUUGAUGUUGUAGUAUGGGAUUGAAUAUAAUAUAAUGGGUUUGAUCAUUGUCUCCGAGCACCUCCGGGACACUCUGGGGGACACGUAACUCGGGAUAUCAGCCCAGGGAAGAAAGAUGUCUCCCGCGCAGAUAACAUUUCUUCGUUUCACC